AUGUCACGGUCCAAGUCCUGGAUUGAGUCUAUCUGCUGUUGUCUCUACCGUCCUCCCCCCUAUCGAAGGUCCGCUUUUUGACCUAGUUACUCUCAAAAGGAUUUUAUUUGUUGCCAUUUUUUGUUGAUCUCAUAUUUGAAACAAGCCUUUCUCAGAGAUAUCAAGUUGGGAUGCUUUGGAAUCGACGGCUCAGGAAAGUCGACUGUUUUAAAACUUAUUAAAGGAGGUUUGUGUUUUCUGUUGAUUCAAUAUGGUAGUAAAUAGCAUGUUAAACUGAAUUUUGUAAAGGGAACACCUUUUCUGAAAAUCAUGUCGAUAUACUUGACUCGCCACCAAUGCGAAGAUACUAUCAGGAACUUGGUUAAUUCUUGAUUCCCUGCCUUAAAAAUCCUUUCUAGCUGAUUCAAAUAAUAACUCUCUUUGACACUGAGAAUUCUAGACCAAAAGACUCGGUCCCUUUGACAAGAAGCCAGGCGUAAUGUUGAGAAAUAACGAGCUUAGAAUUUCACAUACCGUUCUUCUGUGGAUAGUUUCGAUUCCCAUUUGUUUAGACAGACCGAGGAAUAAGUUGCUCGAAUGAAAGUAAACAAAUAUGAAGCUCAGAAGACCCUCGGAACGUGCUGACGACUAACGGCUUCAGCGUGCUCGACAUGGAAUUCGACGACGCAUUCCACCUAACAGUCUACGACGUCGGAGGCGCCAAGCAGAUCCGCGACAUCUGGUCCAAUUAUUACGCCGAGGUAAUCUCCAAGAAGUUUCGUUUUUGUGUAUCUACAUUCACUAUUUCUUGUUCAAACGAUUUCACUAAUCAUUCUAAUACUCUUUAUCUGAAUAAUCUCUCCAAUUGUUCUUUGAAUGGUUCCGAUCGAAAAUUGCUUUUGAUUAUCUUCAUAUCCAGAGUCCGUUCAGAUCAGCUUUUUUAGUUUAAUAAAACUAUCUGAGCCGAUAAGUUCACAGUGCAAUUUUGCGAAAAUUUUUUUUCAAUGUUCAGAAAUUAUUUUUCAGGUUCAUGGGCUCAUAUUUGUCGUCGAUCUGGACAAUGAAGACGUCCUUCGGGAAUCAAUAGACGUGAGUUCAUUUUUCCGAUCUUUUUUUUUUUGAAGUUAUUGGCUGAAUGCGAUAAAGUGGAAAAAUAUAUCCCGCCAUUUCCAUGAGAAACAAAUUCGCCGUUAUUUCAUUCAUUUCGACUUUUUCUGAUUUCAUAAAAGUUUGUGAAGGGAUUGUGUUACUUCUAAUUUCAUUGCCGACGGCCAACUUUAUACUAAAAAAUUGUGAAACUCAUGUUUCAGGCUCUUCAAAGUUUGAUGAAGCAUCCUCAUAGCAGCAAAAAGCCUAUUUUGUUCGUUUUAAACAAUAAGAACAAUGGUGAAGUAGACGACGUCGAGUUCUCCAACACAGUUUGUUUUUAAUCUUGAUGUUUAUUGCUAUUUAAUCAUAUACAAUGUUCGAAAUAUUCGAAAUUUAGGCUGGCCUCCAAGCGAUUGCAAACGUACAACAACAAAUGGUGUUAAUAACGCAUGUUAACCGCUACAGUGGACACGUCCGAUACAGCCGCAAAAUACAAGAAAAAAGAAAUGUUUCAGUUGGACAACACGAAAACAGCUUCACUAACUGUUCAACAGCGCUCAAACAAAGACAAAACCGCCCUCCAGGAACAAUUUUGCGCUUUCAUCGACUUGGUUAAAAUGAACUUUUUUUUUUAAAAAAAACUUCCGAAUUUUAGAUAGUUGAGCAUUAUGUGUAUUUGUCGGAAGGAGUCAGAUCGGCGGAGAUCGCUCUGAGGAUAAAGCAGCAAGAGGACAAAGACAAGAGAAGAUUGAAACUGAUGCAAGAUGAGCAUAACCAACGACUUGCCGACAUAGCUGGACUGGAAGGGUAAUAACAGCUUUUGAAAGUUCGAAGGAGAACUUCGAUUCAGAAGAACGGUGAUACCUAAACCAGUUGCACAACAAGAACCGGAAGAAGAAGACACCAGUCCCAUACAGUCUUUGGCGAGUUCGACUAUUCCAUCAGAACUGACUCACGACACUCCAGACUAUAAUCCCCACUCAGGAAACAAGUGAGCUCGUCUUUCAAUCCACAAAAUGUUAUUUUUUCAGAAGGUUGUCACAAGCUAGUACACAACCAGCCUCACCAGGCGCGAACAGCCUGGAAUCCAAAUAUGAGAAGCCGACGGAAAAAGAUUCUUCUAACACCAACUAUUUUCUACCACCAAAAUCUCCUGGUAAACCCGCUUAUAUCAUGCUAUUCAUGAGCUUGUCACAAAAACAGUUUCGAAGCCAAAGUUUUUUAAUUUUUUUUUUUCUUUUUUGCAGUUCGGUAGAGGCCUAUUUCUUGAGUUUACAACGUGUUACGUCGAAAAAAAAUACACAAGUUUUUAUUCUAUUACCGAAAAAGUUAUCGGAACUACCGCAAUACGACCGGCUGUUUUGAAAUAGUGUAGCCGGAAUUAUUUUAUAGGAAACUUAGUCACUUAUUCAAUGUUUAUUACUGAUUUGUGACAAGUUCCUUUGGAAUGUUCUUUUUUUCUUGAACUAACUAUUUUUCAGGACGAUACACUUCUCGGAUGUCUCGAAUACAAAGUGCUUUGAGUAAUCGUAUUGUACCGACAUAA